UGACUGUCACACUGUCACGCAUUUAUUUUUAUGACAGAUUCGACAUGACAACAAAUUAACAAACGUGAAUUUGAGGUUAUGUUGUAUGUAUCCAUGUGAUUUUUUAAAAAUAGUGGGCAAAGCUAGAAAAAUAAGUCAAAAUGCAGCACGACGACGUAGUGUGGGCUAUUAUCAACAAAACACACUGUUCUCACAAAGUAACAACAAAAACUCAGCAGUUUUGUCGAAAUGAGUUUAACCUGACUGGUUUGUGCAGUCGUGCGUCUUGUCCGCUUGCAAACAGUAAAUAUGCGACGAUCAGGGAAGAGAAUGGUAUUAUUUAUUUGUUCAUGAAGACUGCUGAAAGGGUAAUGUUUCCAGCCAAACAAUGGGAGAAAGUGAAGCUGUCAAGAAACUUUGAGAAAGCAAUACAUCAAAUAAAUGAAAAUCUUUUAUACUGGCCUGCUUUUAUCAAAGCAAAAUGCAAGCAGAGAUUUGUCAAAAUAACACAAUAUCUUAUACGCAUGAGGAAACUUAAGCUCAGAAGAGUGAAAGAAUUAGUUCCAAUACAGCGUAAGAUAGAAAGACGUGAAAGAAGGAGGGAAGAGAAGGCCUUAGUUGCUGCAAGAAUAGACAAUGCUAUAGAAAAACAAUUGCUCGAGAGAUUGAAGAAGGGCACUUACAAUGACAUCUACAACUUCCCACAAAUGGCGUUUGACUCUGCACUCAAAGCUGAAGAGAUAUCAAGUGAGAGUGAGAAAGAGGACGAGGAAGAAGAAGAAGUUGAGAGAGAAAUGGAACCGGAGUUGGAAAGAGAGUUAGAGAGAACAGUGGAACAGACAGACGAGUUUGUUGAAGCUGACAGUGAUAUGGACAGUGAUGAGGAUUCUGAUUCAGGGAAGAAGGAAAAUGUUGAUGUUGGCAGUGACUUUGAGUCUGAGACAUCAGAUAUUGAGGAUAUUGCUGAAAGAGUUCCGCAGAAGAAGAAGGCACGCGUUGAAAUAGAAUACGAGACGGAACCAGUCGCUAGUGUGUCUAGAAAGAAAAUAAAACAUUGAUUUAUCACUUUUAA